AUGUUUAGAGAAUCCCUUUUGUUAAUAGAGUGGAAUUCAAAGACGGCAACAGGGUCGGGCUGGGAUUGUGUCGAGCCAAUUGAAAUCACUCAACAGGCAGGGGCUUCGCUUCAAGAGAUUGCGAGGAAAAAAGACAUGGACAUAAAAUUUUUAUGGAAUGGUUUUGAAGGUGGUUCUUCUUCAAGAAGUCCUUUUGUAUCAGCAGGUUCUUUGCCUGUAAGCAAUAAAUUAGACGAAAACUUUAUCGGGGUGGAGAAGAUAAGUGGGAGCUCAGGCAAAUCGAUUAUUAGUUCAGAACUUGGAAAACAGAAAGUACAUGGAUUGGCAUCUUCAAUUCCAGUGUCUACUACUGCUACAAAAAGAUGGAGGGCGUCUUAUCAGAAAAUGCAGAAUCCCAGCUGCCAAGUUGAAGGGUACAAUCUUGAUCUUGCAUUGGCAAAAGAUUAUCACCGGCAUCAUAGAAUCUGCGAAAACCAUUCCAAAAGCCCCAAGGUAAUAGUAGCUGGAAUGGAAAGGCGAUUCCAUGGCUUGUCGAAGUUUGAUGAUAAAAAAAGAAGCUGUCGAAGGCGUCUCUCUGAUCACAAUGCCAGACGCCGUAGGCUGCAGCCUAAGUCGAUCCAUUUCAGCUCAUCAGAGAGGACAUCACAGAAUGUGCUGUUUGAUGUACUCCCUAUCUCGCUUUCAAAUCGAAUGGGGGAAAAUAUCUGCAGUUCUAUGCUUAGACAAGCCGACAAUUCCCUCGUUGGGCCUUCAAAGACAGGAGGAACUUAUAGGAGACCGUGUUUACCCAACCAUGAGAUUCCAAGUGCCGUUUAUAGCCUACAUGUCGAGUCAGAGAGGUUAUUGUCCCUUCAGAGCACGAAUCCUCAGUUCAAUGGUAACACAAAUCCUGCUAUAAUCCAUCUUUACCCUGUCCAUGUGCUACCGGUAUAUGGAUUAAACUUUGCAACUAAUUCUGCCAUUUCAGUAGAUCUACCGAGUGCUUCCUCUCUCCUGUCAAUCGAUAAUCCUUGGAGUUCGAAUCGGGAUGAAUCCACUUCUAUGAAGGGCCUAUUGCACGGAAACGCCAGUGUGGACAAUCCGAACUGGCCAUUUGUUCAAUCAGCAGCAGAAGAAGGUCCUUCUGCUUCUCUGGUGCUUUCGACUAAUUUAAAUCAUUCAGGCAGUUCCUUUUUGAAAGAGUUUGAUUUAUUCAAGACACCACAUGACUCAAGAUGA